AGAGAGAAGAGGAAGGGCCGCAAGUCCCUCCCAUAUAAUUCUCCACAUUCUCUCUGGUUGUUUCAAGGAUCGAUCGUAAUAGAGCGGCGACGGUAAUUGGUGGUACAAUCGAAGAAAAAUUACAGAACAAGGAUGGUGGAGGGACAGCAGAGAAGAUGCAUAAUGCCAUUGCCGAGCUUGAACGACGCGACGAAGGACCCUCUCAACCCUCUGAAUCUCAUGUUCCUUCAAAUGGGUUUGAUGCUCGUCAUGUCUCAUGUCUUCUACCUCAUCCUCAAGCCCCUCGGCCAAUCCGGCCCCGUCGCUCAGAUCAUCGCGGGAAUGGUGUUGAGUCCAACGCUACUCUCGCAAAGUGGAGCUCUGCACUCGUUCUACAAGGCCACCAUGUCAUUGGCAUACUUCAACUUCCUCGUCUUCCUCUUCCGCGUCUGUUUUAUGUUCUUGAUCGGACUCGAGACCGACUUCAGUUUCAUGAAACGGAGCCUGCGUUGCGCAUUAUCCAUUGCCGUCUGCAGCGUCGUCUCAUGCUCCUUGCUCAUGAUUUCUUUCGCAUGGCUCUUCUUGAAGGUUCUUCACAUCCAAUCCAACCAAACCGAUGUAAUCUUGAUCGACGUCAUCGUCGUCUCCAACACGGCCUCUCCUGUCGUCUAUCGCAUGGUCUCCGAUCUGAAACUAGACACCUCGGACAUUGGGAGGCUGGCUGUGUCGACCGCAUUGCUCAUCGAGCUGACCCUGAACAUAGGUUACACCUUGAUGUACACGUUCAGAUCAAAGCACAACUUCCUGGACGUGUUUCUCUUGUCAUCCUUCACUCUGGCGAUUAUAAUAGCGAACUGGUACUUGGUACCUUGGUUCGGGACAUGGUACCCAAAGGAGAAGCACAUCUCAAAAGCUCAGGUCUUGUUCUUCAUCGUCAUCAUUCUAAUCCUAUCCACUCUCAUCGAAUCUCGUGAACUCAGCUCUGCUGUUCCCAUUUUCAUGCUGGGAUUGAUGUUCCCGAGAGAGGGAAAGACGUACAGGACGAUGCUGCAGCUGCUGAGAUUCCCGGUUCACGAAUUUAUACUUCCAGUGUAUUUCGGGUACAUAGGAUAUAGGCUUACCUUACCACACUCGAGGAAUGGAGCAGAAGAGAAAGAUCCAGAACACGGAUAUGCGGGACAGUACCUCAUUUUGGGCGUUAUAGUCGCCCUUAGCCUCCUUGGGAAGAUCCUCGGGGUGUUGUUCGCCUGUCGCUUUGCAAAGAUUCCAAACCACCAUGCUAUAUUCAUGGCUUGCAUUUUAUGCAUGAAAGGUCACUUUGGCCUCCAACUUGUCGAUUCAUACCCCGAACUCCAGCAGCUUCCGCUGAAGGAGGUGGCUGACACACUGCUAUCAGCGAUCGUGAUCACCACCCUUUUCUCAGGAAUGCUCACUUCUUCCUUCCGUAGAAGGAAAGAAACAAGCUUCGUCCACACUCAAACCACCAUCGAAUCUCACCCCAUAGAUACCGAACUCCGGAUACUCUCGUGCGUUUACAGUCCUCGUCAGACCACUGCUGCUAUCUCUUUAAUCUCUGCCCUUACCAGCUCACCUCAGACUCCCCUCACUUCCUUGUUGACUCAAAUUGUAGAGCUCCCCAAAAAGAAAAAACCAAAGGAUGCCCACGUUGAAGCUGAGUUCAGGCAUGAUGAUGACUAUGGUGCAAACGACUCUAAAGAGAUCAACGACACUGUCGACUCUUUUUCCAAAGAGACCAAAGUCCUCAUUCAACAGUACAGGAUUGUUUCCUCCCUGUCUAACAUCUGUCAGGAGCUCUGCGAUGCCGCUGAAGAUUUUCGAGUCUCCAUUGUUUUUCUUCCUUUUCACAAGCACCAAAGGAUUGACGGCAAAAUAAAGAAUGACGGGGAAGAGAUCAGAACCGUUAACCAGAAGGUUCUACGUCAGUCGCCAUGCUCAGUGGGGAUAUUCAUGGACAGGAACCAGACGGGGUUUCAACAACCGCACGGGUCUGAAAUACCGCAGAAUGUGGCAAUGUUGUUCUUCGGUGGAGAGGAUGAUCGUGAAGCCUUGGCGUUAAGUCGAUGGGUAGCCAUGCAUCCUCAGAUUCACCUCACUCUCAUAAGAUUCUUGCGCAAGUCUUGCUUGGCGCAUUCCCAAGUUACCGAAGCAUCUCACAGAGAAAACGAGGUGUUGAUGUCUAUUACCAAUGAAGAUGCAGAGAACGAAAGUGACAAUACCUUUUUAGAGGAGUUUCGGAGCAGGUAUGUAGCAUCGGGUGAAGUUACAUACAUAGAGAAGGAGGUAGAGGACAGAGGAGAGACAGCAGGGGUAGUGAAGGAGAUUGGAGAGUCGUAUUCGUUGUGUAUAGUAGGAAAAGGCAGAGCGGAAUGUCCGAUGACGUCAGGGAUGAAUGAUUGGGAAGAGUGUCCCGAGAUGGGUUCUGUCGGAGAUCUUCUCCUCUGUGCCGAUCUCAGCAUUACUGCCUCUGUUUUAGUUGUACAAAAGCAUCGCCAUUCCCUCUCCGAUUUCACCCCUCAUUGAUACUUAUCCACUUCCUUUUCUUCAGUACAUAACUGUGAUAAAUUCGCAUCUCGUCC